UCACCUUCUUCAGUCGCAAACACCAUUUCCUUCAGAUGAUUUUGUUUCUUACGGUUGAAGAAAUGAUGGAUAUGAACCGAUCCCGGAGGUUGAACUUCAAUGCUCCAUUCUUGUCCACGAAACGACAUGUGAAUCAAGAGAAGCUUCCGGGUCAGCUUCCUGAAGCCUCUGUUCCUUUUUGCUGGGAGACCGCUCCUGGGAUGCCUAAGAACAAGUCUCAUUUGAAAAACGACUCUGAAUCCGAAACACCACGUCUCAGACUACCUCCUGGAAGAUUAAAGAUGCAUGUUGAUGGUGAAAACGAAGACUUUGAUGAGGCCAGUGAGGGUUUAACACCAGCUAGAUUGUUGCGUCUGAAGAAACGUGACAAUCACGAACAUUACCGUCAAACCAACCAAGACUCAAUCGAUGUCUUGUCUCUCACGCAAGCCAUAGACAUGGUCGAACUCCCAAAAGAUAGUUCUGAAUCGGAUGAUGGAAGCAGCGGAGGAGGUGACUCAAACGGAUACUUAACAAUGGAGAGCACAGAGCGGAGCGACGACAUGUCACCGAGUUACAUAAUAGAAAGGUUUCUACCGGAUGCUGCGGCUUUAGCAGCCGUGACAUCAGCGGCUAGCCAGAGGAGGAGGAAGAAGAAGAAGCUUUCUUAUUUGAGUGGUGCAACGGUGAAGCAGUCUUGUUUUUCACCCAAAGCUUGUGGCUUGCAUGUGUUGCUGCCUAGUUGGAGCACUAAGCAUAGGAUCUGUGGCGUCAAAAACGCCUUUUCUCCUUCUUCCCAAAUUCACCUGCAACCCAAGUUUAUUGAAAAAGAUAACUAGUUGAAAUUAAUUAAGGUACUUGUUAUUCAUUAGACUUAUUAUAUACUAGUAUUGUUGUAACACACCUUUUUGGUUUCUUGUAAAAUGUGGUGGUUAAUAACACUAGACAAAGAAUAAGCAUAUGCACAAACAUAAGGCCUUUGAGCUUAAAUUGAUGCAGCUAGCUUUAAUACAAUUGUUACAUAAAAUCCACAAAUUAA